AUGUUGCGGCUUUACCCGAAGUUACUUCUGACCACUUUAUUAGGCCUGUGCAUUCUUGUCUUUAUGUGGUUCGGGGUGCCAGCUUUCACAUCUGAUCGACUACUGGUGAACACUGGAGAUAGGCUAGCUAAUAUUAGCUCAUUACAAUGGCUACGCAGACUCCCAGAAGAGACCACGUGCCAUAACUGGAAAACUGGUGCCAUAACUUUUAUUCCAAAAGAAAGACCCUGCCCAUGCCGACCCGCCAAUCAUAUCUACUUCCUGAAGACCCACAAAUGCGGCUCGACUACUUUCGCUGGUUUACUGAUCCGUUUUGCUUACAAAUACCGACUUUCUUUCGGACAGCGCUCUGGUACUUCACUUGGCUGGUUGGGAUGGCCGCAUUCGUUGCUUCCGACACAUGUCUCGCCCACAUACGUGAGAAACCUCACGCGAUACAUAACCUUUGACAUUCCGGGAAAAAAGGCCAACAACAGUUUGAUAGACAUCAUCACGCUGCAUACUGUUUACAAUCAAACUACCUUGAACAAGGUCAUGCCAGACGAUACGGUUAAGGUCGCCAUCAUCCGGGAACCUUUCUUUACCUUUCAAUCCGCCUUCGAUUACGUCGGUUUUGAUCACGCCAAGGUCCUGGAUAUUAAGGGACCGAACCCCAUUAAAACAUACCUAGAAAGCCCCACCUUAAAGGAAAAGACCAUACACGGCAAACACUUUCAAAACUUUAUCAGCACGGAGUUUGGAUUCUCAAACCAUUCGGUAAAUGACCCCGAGUUAGUGAAGGAGUUCAUUGCGUAUAUUGACAAACAUUUCCGCCUCGUAGCCAUCACUGAAUACUUUAAAGAAUCGCUUGUACUAUUGAAGCGUAUGUUGUGUUGGAAGACAGAAGAGAUAGUCUUUUUACACCUGAACAAAAACCUCGAUAAAAAGCACCAAGUUAAGCCCAAGUCGGGGAGAAACUUUACAUAUCUCAAAACUCUCCAUAAGCGAUGGAGUAGAGCGGAUUACAUAUUCUAUGAUAAUUUCAACAAGACAUUCUGGAGAAAAAUUAGACGAGAGGGAAAACAAUUUCAGGAUGAGCUUAGAGAUUUUGAAGUGAUUUUAUCACAAGUGACGAGGUUCUGUCGAGACGGUGCAAAGGCAGUCCCACCUGGAGAUAGGCUGAUGGUUUCUAAAACCAGGUGGCAUAGUGCCUUUAAUGUGACAAUGCUACAAUGUGACCAGAUGCAAGCGGGUAUAUACACAAAUAUAAGGCUAUACUUCGAUAGGGAUUGGUGA